CUCCUCCAGCCUAUGCUGCAUUCCCUUCUCCUGCCAUGCUCUCUGAGGCUGCUCUGUACCAGCCCCCCCUACUGGCCACCCCCAGAACACCCCAGCCCCCACACAGCCCCCACCCCACCCCCACCCUGGCCUACUACCCACAGCACCACCCUGCACAGCUCUACAUGAACAUGAACAUGAACUACACUGCGUACUACCCCAGUCCCCCAGUCUCUCCCUCCACGAUGAGCUACUUUGCGUCUCCUCCAGGGUCAGUAGCGUUAGCGGCCCAGCAGCCCCAUGCCCAAGGCCACGUUGCCUCUCCCAUGAUGCCCCAGCACGGCGCUCUAGUUAGGAUGCAGGGUCUGCCCUACAACGCCGGGGUCAAAGACAUCCUCAGCUUCUUCCAGGGAUACCAGCUCCAGCCGGACGCCGUCCUCCUGUUGUACAACUUCAGUGGCCAGCGUAGCGGCGAGGCCCUGAUCACCUUCCCCAGCGAGGAGUCAGCCAGGCGGGCCGUGGCCGAGCGCGCCAACCACCCCCUGUCUGGUCUCCCCGUCCGUCUGCUGGUGUGCUGUGACUGACCUCAACCAGCUGACCGCUACCAUGGAGGGAGGAGUCGAGGACCACAACCACUGAUUCCUUUUCUCCCUUGUCACUUCCUCUCCCUCCACUAUUUAUACAAACACACACGCGCACACACCUCCCCACAAUCUGCCGACUCUCCUCCCUCCUAGCCUCCUUCUCAAGCUCCCUCUCGACAUUCAUACACAGACCGACAGACACCUCUCCCCACAGAACUUGGUUGUACACAUAUUUAUAUUUGAUGCACAUCCUCCUUCCUGUGUGUCUGGCACAAAGUGCCUUGUGUGAAUACUUCCAUAACAUCCACUGACGAUGCCAAUGAAAUGUACCACUCACCUAAAGCAUGAAACCACUUCUCCCCUUGUUUUAGCUAAAUGACCACUACAGCCCACUAUAUAAGAUGUUCAUACCUUCAAACAAAAUUCCUAUUCCCCUGUCUGGUUUGUCAGUCUGAAAACACUACUGUGUGUAUCCUACUGUAUGCAUGUUAGUUGUAAAUUAUGUGCCUUCCAAUGCUGGGCUGUACAGUGUAAUAAUAGAUAAGAGCCAUAUAGACUGACUGAAACUACUACUGUACUGGAUAGAAGGGAAAUCAGAUGCUCAUUCCACUACUCCCUUUUCUAAAACUAGAAAAGACAAGGCCACUAUGUACAGUAGUGAGAGUCACGGUAGCAUGCUGGAUGCUGAGCUUAAUGACAGCUACUUGUGUAACAGUGUUUGUUUCUGCUGUGAAAGCAUUUGUAAGGCAUGCCAUUAUAUUUAGAAUAGUAUGUCCAAGUACUCUUUGUCUUUGUUACAAUCAGAGUAGGCUAAGGCUCAAGUAGCUGAAGUCUCAUUUAGUUCUGUAGUAUACGAGCAUGACAAAUAUUGAUUCUUUGUUUAAUCCAUAAAACUCUUCCUAAAAUUUAGAUUUAUUUAAAUGUGAAAAGAGUUGGCUGUUGGUCUGCAGGAUCUUCAGGCAAUAUCAUUUAAAGGGAGUAGAUCUCUGUGCCAUCUGUUUUCUUCCAGACUAUAUUUGAUUGGAAAGCAUACUGCAGAAGGACACUUUUCUUUCUCCCUUGUUAUUGGACUGUCAAAAUGUGUAAAAAGAAAUAUAUAAAAAAACACUGAGUAGUUCCUGUGACUGGGCUGCUGAGAACAUUAGUAUCUGGUUUCUCAUCUUUGCUAUGCCUAUAUUACCCAGAGUGCAAUAGCAGCCCCCUCUGUGGCUUGGCUGACCUCUGGUGGCUGAUGGAAAACAUUUUUUGUUUCUUUUAAGCAAAUUUGACACUUGAUUUGUAUGAAUUUAACUACUGUAUGUGUGUAUAUAACUGUUUGAAUAAAUACAACUUUAUUGCC